AUGGUGAAAUUUGGUAUAGUUGACAGUCCUCAUUGGCGAUCCGAUAUGGACAUUAAAUUCAUAUGGACUGGUAGCGAUGCUAAAGCUCUAGUGUACUAUAUAACUGAUUACAUCACAAAAGCAAGUCUUGCUUUCUAUGGUAUGUUUGCACUUGCACAACAAGGAAUCAGAUUCAUUGAGCAGCAACAAGCAACAUGUGGGACUGAAAGUGCUAUUGAAAAAACGCGCAAAUUCGUGUUACGUUGUGCUACAAUACGAUUGCUUCACAUCAAGAAGUUUCUGGUGUUCAAGUGGCAUCGUAUCUAA